CCAAUUAAACAAAGCACUUUUCAACAAAGUCAAAAAAAAAAAACCAGAAAAGAAGGAAAGAAGAUAGGUUAGGUUUGGUUUCCAUUCAUUUUGUCACUUCCUAGUCCCUCGCUGUUAAGCUUUCUCAUUUCCACCUUAGUUUUACUGUAUCUUUGCUAAGACUCAGUCUCUCCCUCUCUUUGACAAUUCCAGAGUGAAAUCCUCUAUUUGUGACAACUGUCACGAUUUAGGAGCUCUCCUCUUGUUCUCUUCUCUUUGUGUUCCUUGUCCUCGCCACUUCCUCUCCCUUGGACUCUCUAUAUAAAACGCACUUACCACCUUUGAAUCCCAUCAUGCACGAUCUUACAAGCCAACCAAUAAUGAUGAUUGAUUCAAGCCCACCUCUUCUACACCAUUAUGGAGAGCUUACACGCCUCCCACCCCAAAUUCCUACACUUGAAUGCAAUGACCUCCCAAGUGGUGCUGUUGUCAUGAAGGAAUAUUGCCAACUCCCAUUGAUAGACCUCAGUUGUCUAAAUAGCACCAAUGAAAGGGAACGGCUAGCUUGUGCUGAGGCUAUAUGCAGAGCUUCGUCGGAGUGGGGAUUCUUCCAAGUAGUGAACCACGGUAUAAGCCCCGAGCUAGUUCGGAAUAUGAGGAGGGAACAAUUCGAGUUGUUCCAAACACCUUUUGAUAAGAAGGCUACUUGUGGGGUUUUGAACAACUCUUAUAGAUGGGGAACCCCAACAGCUACUUGUCCAAGGCAAUUCUCUUGGUCUGAAGCUUUCCACAUUCCUCUCUCGAGAGUUUCUGAGCAAGCUUGCUAUGGGGAGUUUAGCUCUUUAAGGGAAGUGAUGAUGGAAUUUGCAGCAGCAAUGUCAAAGCUAGCAAGGGUGCUGGCAGGGGUCCUGGCAGAAAAUCUAGGCCACCCAAGAGGAGUGUUUGACAACAUUUGUCAAGAAAUCAAUUGCUUUCUUCGGUUGAAUCGCUACCCGGCCUGCCCAAUAUCCUCAGAGAUUUUUGGCUUGGUGCCUCACACUGAUAGCGAUUUUCUAACAAUCCUUUCUCAAGAUGAAGUUGGAGGGCUGCAACUUAUGAAAGAUUCCAAAUGGGUAGCUGUAAAUCCGAAUCAAGAUGCUCUUAUCGUCAACAUUGGAGAUCUUUUCCAGGCAUGGAGCAAUGAUGUCUACAAGAGCGUGCAGCAUAAAGUCGUGGCUAAUGGAAAAAUGGAGAGAUAUUCAAUCGCCUACUUUCUGUGCCCCUCUUAUGACUCAUUGAUAGGCAGCUGCAUGGAGCCUUCUAUAUACAGAGAAUUCACUUUCGGAGAGUAUAGGAGCCAAAUCCAAGAAGACAUCAAAAGAACGGGCCGUAAGAUAGGCCUUCCAAGAUUUCUACUUUAACACAUAUCGUCGAUAAAAAAAGAUGUUCAGCGUUUAGGUAUCAAAACACAAAAUCCGAAGCAGCUGAAUAGAAAGGCAGGAAAGAACUAAACCAAGGCAGUUUGAUCAAAAAGACCGAAGUCCACCAAUUGUCACAUAUGUUCAUAUUGACUCGUCAUUGACUCAAACAAGAAAAGGAGAAAUAUAUAUAUAUAUAUAUAUAUAUAUAUAU